UUCCACUGCAUAUAAACAAUCGACGGCCCAAAACACCCGCUCCGAACCUCAACCAGCGCUCCGUUUCCCCUUUCCAGCUUCCUCCCCACAAUGGCAGAAGCCACCCUUCAUAACGCCCCGAUAGUCAUUGACAAUGGCAGCGGAACCAUCCGCGCCGGUUUCGCGGGGGAGGAGAUCCCCUCGUGCUUCUUCCCCUCGUUCGUCGGUCGGCCCAAACACCCGCGGGUGAUGGCCGGUGGCCUGGAGGGCGACGUCUUCAUCGGCUCCCGCGCUCAGGAACUGCGCGGCCUGCUCAAGAUCCGGUACCCCCUGGAGCACGGCAUCGUCACGGACUGGGAUGACAUGGAGAAGAUCUGGCACUAUGUGUACGAGAACGAACUGAAGACGCUGCCGGAGGAACACCCCGUGCUCUUAACGGAGCCGCCGCUCAACCCGCGCAAGAACCGCGAUGCCGCCGCCCAGAUCAUGUUCGAGACCUUCAACGUCCCCGCGCUGUACACCUCCAUCCAGGCUGUCCUGUCGCUAUACGCGUCCGGCCGGACGACGGGCGUGGUCCUCGAUUCAGGGGAUGGAGUGUCCCACGCGGUGCCGGUGUUCGAGGGCUUCGCCAUCCCCAACAGCAUCCGGCGGAUCGACGUGGCCGGGCGGGAUGUGACGGAGCAGCUGCAGCUGCUGCUCCGCAAGAACGGCCAUGUGCUGCAUACCAGCGCGGAGAAGGAGGUGGUGCGCAUGAUCAAGGAGAAGGUGUGCUACGUGUCGUUGGACCCCAAGCGGGAGGAGAAGGACUGGAUGAACAACUAUCACAAGUCGGAGACCAAGUCGGUGGACUAUGCUUUGCCGGACGGGCACAAGAUCAAGAUCGGGCAAGAACGCUACCGCGCGCCGGAGAUCCUCUUCGACCCGGAACUCAUCGGUUUGGAGUAUCCGGGAGUGCAUCAGAUUGUCCAAGAUGCGAUCACCCGGACGGAUCUCGACCUGCGCAAGUCCUUGUACCUCAACAUUGUCCUCUCUGGAGGCUCGACAUUAUGCAAGAACUUCCCUGAUCGGUUGAUGCGGGAGAUCAAGCGCUUGGCUGUGGAGGACAUGAAGAUCCGGAUCUCUGCUCCUGCUGAGCGGAAAUACACGACCUGGAUUGGCGGAGGUAUCCUCGCUGGUUUGAGCACAUUCCGCAAGAUGUGGGUGAGCGCGGACGAGUGGCACGAAGAUCCUGAGAUCAUUCACCGGAAAUUCGCUUAAUCGUGAGGCAUCGCAGGACGACGUCCCGACUGAGGACAACAUGACAUGAUCGACGGACAACAAUCCCAUCGCGCAGAAGUCAGUGGAUGCUUCCGAGGGCACGAAUGACUAGUAUGCACGAAGGGGAUGGUUGUCUAGACAGGUCCCUGAAGAAGUUCG